GACUCUCUCUUCUCUCCUCUUCCAAGGUAUCGUUGUCUUUCUCCGUGUCUUCUGAUACUUCUUCAUCUCUUCUUCUCUUCGGUCUCUAAUGGGUUUUGAAUCAAAUGGAUCUGCAUCGGAUAAGCCAUUGAAGUUCCUGAUCUACGGCCGCACCGGAUGGAUUGGAGGUUUCCUGGGUAAGCUCUGCAAGGCUCAGGGCAUCGAAUUCGCCUACGGUACAGGUCGUCUUGAGAACCGAAAUUCAUUGGAGUCUGACAUCGCCACCGUCCGGCCAACUCAUGUCUUCAACGCUGCUGGCGUCACUGGUCGACCUAAUGUCGACUGGUGCGAAUCCCAUAAGGUGGAGACCAUCCGCGCCAAUGUCGUUGGAACCCUAACCCUUGCUGAUGUUUGCAGAGAGAAAGGCUUGAUCUUGAUCAAUUAUGCAACCGGUUGUAUCUUCGAGUACAAUAAGGACUACCCGCUUGGUUCUGGGAUCGGAUUCAAGGAGGAGGAUAUCCCGAAUUUUAUUGGAUCCUUCUAUUCCAAGACCAAGGCCAUGGUGGAAGAUCUACUUAAGAACUAUGAGAAUGUCUGCACUCUUCGAGUCAGGAUGCCCAUUUCAUCAGAUUUGUCCAACCCUCGAAACUUUAUCACAAAGAUUGCUCGAUAUGAGAAGGUGGUCGACAUUCCCAAUUCAAUGACAAUCUUGGAUGAACUCCUGCCGAUCUCCAUCAAGAUGGCACAGAGGAACCUCACUGGAAUCUAUAAUUUCACCAACCCUGGAGUUGUCAGCCACAAUGAGAUAUUGGAGAUGUACAGGGAAUACAUAGACCCAAAGUUCACGUGGAAGAAUUUUACCCUGGAGGAGCAGGCAAAAGUUAUCAUUGCUCCUCGGAGCAACAAUGAACUGGAUACAACUAAACUGAAGCAGGAAUUCCCAGAACUUCUAUCCAUUAAGGAGUCGCUCAUAAAGUAUGUAUUCAAGCCAAAUCAGAAGACUUCUGCAGCUUGAAAGUUCUAGGUUGGAUGCUUCUGUUUCUCUGGUCUUUUAAAUUUUAACAGCUUGUCUCUGGGGGAUUGUACCAUUGAACAGUCCUUUAGAUGGAGAAGAAAGUUGAACUCUCUCUCUCUCUCUCUCUCUCUACGAAGCGGGGCAUCUCCCCCAUUGUAUGCAGAAAUAGCUUCAAUUUAAUAUUUUAAUGUUGUAUUCCUGUCAAUUUGACUAUGAACAAACUAGUUUGAUUAGAAGGGGAAAUGAAAUGAUCUAUAAUUUUCAUU